UUUCUUUUCGUUUUCUCAUUCAUUGUUCUACUUACACUCCGAGAGAGGAAGACAGAGAGAGGUGGAGCUGGUGGAUUGAAGGAGAUGGCGCAGAGGCUUACGUAUCGAAAACGGCAUAGUUAUGCCACUAAAUCCAACCAACACAGGGUCGUCAAAACCCCUGGGGGGAGGCUUGUGUAUCAGAGCACCAAGAAGAGAGCCAGUGGUCCUAAAUGUCCAGUUACUGGGAAAAGAAUCCAAGGGAUUCCUCACUUAAGACCUGCUGAAUACAAGAGGUCCAGAUUGUCCAGGAACCGUAGGACAGUUAAUCGUGCUUAUGGUGGUGUAUUGUCUGGAAGUGCUGUCAGGGAGAGGAUUAUCCGUGCUUUCUUGGUUGAAGAGCAAAAGAUUGUGAAAAAGGUUCUGAAAAUUCAAAAGGCAAAAGAAAAGCUAGCUUCGAAGAGUUGAAAUGGAACAACUAUUUAGCCGCAGUUGUUUUGUUUAAGAAAAAUUUAUGAUAUGUUUCAAAGUUUUAUCUUUUGUGAUGACGAUGAAGAAAUGUUCAAUGAUCGGUAAUGGAAUAGUUUGAACAAAUGCUUCUUCAACUUUUGUUUCAUGCUUCCGAAGUACAAUUUAUUCAAGAAUCUUGUGGUGUCUAUUUGUCUGA